AUGCAAGGUUUUACUGCAAACACCGAUUUCUCCGAGCUUCAAUCCACCAUGCGAGCAAUCGAGUUAGCUAGCGCCUCCAUUCAGAUGCAAAUUAAUCCAGCAGCUUCUGAAGCAAUUGUAUUGGCAUUAGGUCAAUCUUCUCAGCCGUACAAGACUUGUCAGUUCAUUCUUGAAAACUCCUUGGUGGCAACUGCAAGGUUUCAAGCUGCUGCUGCAAUCAGAGAAGCUGCUAUUAGAGAAUGGGGUUUUCUUAAUGCUGAUGACAAGAAAAGCUUGAUUAGUUUUUGUCUAUGCUAUGCAAUGCAACAUGCUAGUUCUCCUGAUAGCUAUGUCCAAGCCAAAGUUUCUUCCGUGGCUGCUCAAUUGAUGAAAAGGGGUUGGCUUGAGGAAGUAGCUGCAGAGAAAGAGACACUCUUUUAUCAGGUGAACCAGGCUAUUUUGGGCAUUCAUGGAGUAGAUGUGCAGUUUGCUGGAAUCAAAUUCCUUGAAUCGUUGGUAUCUGAAUUUUCUCCUUCUACUUCAAGUGCUAUGGGCCUUCCAAGGGAAUUUCAUGAGCAGUGUAGGAGAUCACUUGAGCGAGACUACCUGAAGACAUUUUACCAAUGGACCCAAGAAGCUGCUUCCAGUGUCACAAAUAGGAUUAUUGAAUCUGAGUCUGUUGUACCUGAGGUUAAAGUUUGUACCGCUGCGCUGGAUCUCAUGCUUCAAAUCCUGAAUUGGGAUUUUCGUAGCAAUACCAGUGACACAAAAAUAAAUCUCUUCUCUGCUGGAGUUAGGCAAGAUGGGGAUUCUCUUAAAAGAUCUGACUGUCACCUAGUUCAGCCUGGUUCCGAUUGGCGUGAUGUGUUGAUAUUGAGUGGUCAUAUUGGAUGGAUUUUGAGUUUAUAUGCUGCAUUGAGGCCGAAGUUUUCAUGUGAAGGCUACUGGCUUGACUGCGCCAUUGCUGUUUCUACUCGAAAGCUAAUUGUACAAUUAUGUUCUCUGACAGGAACUGUAUUUCCUUCUGAUGAUGGGAAAAUGCAUGAGAGGCAUCUCCUGCAACUCCUCUCUGGGAUACUCGAGUGGGUAGACCCUCCUGAUGCUGUUUCAAAAGCUAUUGAAAAUGGGAAAAGUGAUAGUGAGAUGAUUGAUGGUUGUCGUGCAUUGUUGGCUAUUGCAAAUGUAACAACUCCUUACGUGUUUGACAAUCUCCUAAAAUCUAUAAGGGCCAUCGGUACUUUUACGUUUUUGUCAAUGUGGAUGUCUGAAGUAAUUAAAGUCCUCAUAACUAGCAAUACUGAAGAGGAGACUUGGAGCUGGGAAGCCCGUGAUAUCUUACUGGAUACUUGGACCGCCCUUCUAAUGCCAAUAAAUACUACCACUGUAAAUACUUUGCUUCCACCAGAAGGAAUAAAAGCUGCUGCAAAUCUCUUUGGUUUCAUCGUAGAAUGCGAGCUAAGAAUGGCCUCUGCAUCAGCAUUUAAUGAUGAGGGUGAUUCAGAUUAUCUUCGUGCUUCUGUAUCUGCCAUGGAUGAAAGGUUAAGUUCAUAUGCACUUAUUGCAAGAGCUUCUAUUGAUGUUACAAUCCCUUUGCUCACAAGUGUGUUUUCUGAGCGGGUCACCCGCCUUAAUCAGGGCAGGGGUGUUAUUGACUUGACUGAAACUUUGGAAGAACUUUAUUCAUUGCUGCUCAUAAUUGGCCACGUAAUUGCAGACGAAGGGGAGGGGGAAAUGCCACUGGUUCCUAAUGCCAUACAAACUCAAUUUGUUGCUAAUUCCGUGGAGGCAGAUAAACAUCCUGUUAUUUUGCUUUCCAGCUCAAUCAUAAAAUUUGCUGAGCAAUGCCUAAAUCCAGAUAUGAGAGCAUCGGCUUUUAGUCCCCGGCUUAUGGAGUCAAUUGUAUGGUUCCUUGCAAGGUGGUCUAGCACAUAUCUAAUGUCUUCUGAUGGGAUUGGAGAGAAAAUAUUAGAUUCAGGGGAAAAGGAUUUGCAGGGCCUCACAUGUUAUAUGUUACUCCAUUCACUGGUUCAGCAAAGGCAUAUAUGUGUUCACCUUGUUGCUCUGAAUUCAUGGCAUGAACUUGCAACUGCAUUUUCCACUGAAAAGACUUUGUUCUUGUUGGACACUUCGCAUCAGCGGUCUCUUGCACAAACACUUGUUCGUUCAGCUUCAGGUGUGAAAAAUUCUGAAGAGUCAAGUCAGUAUGUAAGGAAUCUCAUGGGUCAUAUCGCAACAUACAUAGUGGAGAUGUCCAGUAAGAGUAAUCUUAAAAACAUUGCCCAACAACCAGAUAUCCUUCUGUUGGUCAGCUGCAUGUUAGAACGGCUACGCGGAGCUGCGAGUGCUUCUGAACCUCGAACACAGAAAGCUCUAUAUGAGCUAGGAUUCUCUGUAAUGAAUCCCAUACUAGUUUUACUUGAAGUAUAUAAACACGAGUCUGCAGUUGUGUACCUGCUACUAAAAUUUGUAGUCGAUUGGGUUGAUGGACAAAUUACUUACUUGGAGGCCCAAGAAACUGCUGCCGUUGUCAGUUUUUGCACGCGUUUGCUUCAGCUGUAUUCAUCUCACAAUAUUGGCAAGAUAUCACUAAGUCUUUCAAGCAACUUACUUAGUGAGGCACAAACAGACAAGUAUAAAGAUUUGCGUGCUCUUCUUCAACUUCUUUCAAGUCUUUGUUCUAAAGACAUGAUUGAUUUCUCGUCAGAUUCAAUUGAGGCCCAAGGCACUAACAUAUCUCAGGUGGUUUACUUUGGUCUUCACAUAGUCACGCCGCUGAUUUCUAUGGACCUUUUGAAAUAUCCCAAACUUUGCCAUGAUUAUUUUUCUCUCUUGUCACAUUUGUUGGAGGUUUAUCCAGAAACAUUCGCACAACUAAAUAGUGAAGCCUUUACUCAUAUACUCGGAACUCUUGAUUUUGGUCUACACCAUCAGGAUGUAGAUGUGGUUAGUAAGUGUCUGAGAGCUCUGCAAGCUCUUGCUUCUUACCACUACAAAGAGACUGGUAAUGGUAAUAUAGGCUUGGGGGCACAUUCAAGUGGGGAGACUCAGGAAGGUCUUUUGAGCCGUUUUCUCCGUUCAUUGCUGCAGUUACUCUUUUUUGAGGAUUACAGUUCUGAUCUAAUCAGCGUUGCAGCAGAUGCUCUCUUUCCACUAAUCCUUUGUGAAAAAGGCCUGUAUCAGAGAUUGGGAAAUGAAUUGAUAGAGAGACAAGCAGAUCCAAAUCUCAGAUCAAGGCUGGUAAACGCGUUGCAGUCACUAACUAGUGCAAAUCAGCUUUCCUUCUCCCUUGAUCGAAUAAAUUACCAGAGAUUUAGGAAAAAUCUGAAUAGCUUCCUUGUUGAAGUUCGUGGAUUUUUAAAGACUGUGUGA